AUGGCAAAAGUACCGUCCGCGAUUGGCAAAAAGGAGUCGGUGGCCUCUCUGGCCUUCGGCACCCUUGCCAUCUCGGUCGGCCUUCUUUUGUGCUACGCCCUCUACAGAGGCAUCUACAACCUCUUCUUCCAUCCCCUGCGUCACUGGCCCGGCCCCUUUUGGGCCGCCGCCUCCGACUUCUUCAAGCUCUGGAUCCUGCACACCAAGCAGGCGCACACGCUCGGCCUGGCGUACCACGCCGAGUACGGUCCGGUGGUGCGGGCCGCGCCGAACCUCCUGGCCGUCAACGACCCGCGUCUGCUGCCCGCCAUCUACCACCGACGUGCCAAUAAGACGGACGUGUACACCCCUGGGGUGCUGGGCGACCUCGCCCCGCCCUUCCAGGAGCUGGACUGGCGAGAGCAUGCGCGCAAACGCAAGCGUGUGGCGUCUUCGUUCCUCCUCAGCAACCUGGUCAAGCUCGAGGGCCAGGUCGACGCCCGCGUCCAGGAGUGGACGGCGGCUUUGGCCACGCGCUUCGCCCAUUCCGGCGCCAGCAUGGACUUUGCCUCCUGGUCCCAGUGGUUCGCCUACGACACCAUAUGUCAACUGUCAUUCGGUGAGCCGCUGGGCUUCGUUCGCGAGGCCCGCGACGUGUCCAAUCUCAUCAAGAACUUCCACGACAUGGCCCCCUUCGCCGCCGUCGUAGGCGCCCUGCCCUGGCUCUGUGCCCCCUUCUUGCACAGCCCCAUCACGAAAUGGCUAUUCAUGCCGCGCCCCGGAGACAGCUCGGGGACUGGAAAGAUCAUGGCCUUUCGCGAUGCUCUACUGAACGAAAGACUCCGGGACCCCAAAGCCCACCACAAAGGCGACUUCCUGGACAACAUUCUGGCCGCCAAGAACGAAGACGGGACGCCAAUCUCCGUCGAAGAGGUCAAGACGGAAUGCUUCGUCUUGAUGGUGGCCGCCUCGGACACGACGGCAGCCUUCUUCUGCGGCUUCGUGCGCUACGUCCUGCAGACGCCCGGGGUCUACGACAAGCUCAUGGCUGAGAUCGGCGACUUCGAGAGGCGCGGCAAGCUCGCGUCCCCGGUCCCCACCUUUGAAGAGAUCAAGGCCAUGCCGUACCUCGAGGCGUGCCACCGCGAGACGCAACGCUACCAGCCCUCGACCCCUAUGAUCAUCCCGCGCUACGUCGGCGAGGAGGGGCUGCAGCUGUACGGCCGCCGCGUCCCUCCUGGCACGGAAAUCGGGGCGAACCCGUACGUCGUCCACCGGGACAAGACCGUCUUUGGCGAAGACGCAGACGUCUUCCGCCCCGAGCGCUGGCUCGAGAGUCCCGAGAGGGCCCAGGAGAUGGACAAGUACCUCCUCACCUGGGGCUACGGGCCACGGAUCUGCCUGGGGAAGAACAUUGCCCUGAUGGAGACGCACAAACUGCUGAUCCAGUUCUUCCGUCUUUUCCGCCCCAGCAUCGUCAAUAAAGACGAGAAAAGCAUUUGGCGACAGGAGAAUCUGGCACUCCUCGUCCAUUGGGACUUUUGGCUCAACAUCAAGCAUCGGACGCCCGGAGGAAGCGGCGCGUAG